CACUGCCGGCGGGGGGCAGAGCCCCAGCCGGUAGCUCUCCUCCGAGAUGGCGGCGCUGUCAGUGUCUGGCGUUACCAGAAGAGGCCUCACGUGGAUAGUCUUAGGGGCACCACGCAGAGAAUUUUGGUCUCGAUUCAGAAAAGAGAAAACGCUAGUGGUGGCUGAGACAGUAGAAGAAGCGAAGAAAGAGCCUAUUUUGGUGUGUCCACCCUUACGAAGCCGAACAUACAUACCACCUGAAGAUCUCCAGAGUCGUUUGGAAUCUUGUGUCAAAGAAAUUUUUGGUUCCUCUGUUGGUAACAGUUGGCAGGAUGUGUCCCUGGAAGAUGGCCUUCUGAAGUUCAGUUUCUUGGCACGUUUAGCUGAUGACUUGGGCCAUGCAGUGCCCAACUCCAGGCUUCACCAGAUGUGCAGGGUCAGAGAUGUUCUUGAUUUCUAUAAUGUGCCUAUUAGGGAUCAAUCUAAAUUUGAUGAACUUACUGCUAGUAAUCUGCCUCCCAAUGUAAAAAUCACUUGGGGUUACUGAGCAGAAGAGGAGCUCAUUAAGAUCAUUUUGUCCUGAGCAAGGGGGCUGGUUAUUAAUUAGACUUUUGAUACGUUACCAUGUGAAAUGCUAUCAGAACUGUUCUCUAAACCCACUUUUUCUGUGGAAGGAUGAAUUAUCUCUUUUUCUCAUCAUGAAUUAACAAGAUUUUCUUUUUUCACGUUUGCUGGAACUUUGUUUUUUUAAUGGAAUCAAGUCUUUAAUCAUGUAUGAAAAUUUCCUUCUUUGGAGGACACUGUAAUUAAACUUGGGUUUAAGAUACAAGGCUAUUAUAUGUUCACACAUGGUCUUUAUUUUUUACGCAUAAAUUAGUAGAUGCAAAAACAGGUUUUAAUCCUGUUAGGACUCUUAAACCUAAGGUGGUAUUAAUUAUAUAUAGUACAUAUACAAAUAAGGAAACGUAGAUAUGUAUAAAAGAAAUGUAAAAAUCUAUGUUGUAUAUUACAGCAAGUUGUUUCUUUCAUUGCUUUACUACAAGAGUAAAAAUAGUAGAAAAUGAUACUGUUCAUUCUAGAUUAAUCUCUUUUGGAAUUAAAGUAAAUUUCUUGAA